ACGUCGAAAAAUAACAUAGACAGAUUUAUACAGAAAUGUACAGAAAACGAGAUAUUCCUAAGCAGUGAUUUCAACAUGGCCACAGAAGCAUUUAUACAAUCUGGAUUUGUGCAAUUCACUAAGGCAGAGAUGACUGGAGGAUGUAACCAUAGUAUUUGAGGGAAAGGAGGAUAGCAAGGAGGAUUCAGAGCAGACGGAAUUCAUUCAAGGCUGGAAAGGCUGCAUUUGUUUGUACUGCUGAACUGAACACGCCCCUUUUUCAAUGAUUGUUUUUGGCACAUAAGGGAAAACAUUUUAGAAGAUAGCAGAAAAAGUAAACAAGAUGCCCAGUGAAAGAGUUCAGAGUAACUGUGGACCAGAAGCCCAAAUUUCUGGGGAGAGCAGGAACAAGGGGCAGAGCUCUCCUUGCAACUCCUUACAUAGAGCUGUGGCUACGGCUGUGACCUUCGAGGGAGAAGCCAGCACUGAAAAAAGGAAAAAGAGAAGGAAAGAGUCCAGGCCAGAAUCAAUCAUUGUUUAUCGGUCAGGGACGGAAAACAAGGUGGAAGAAGAACAGGCAGAGGAGGAUGGGUGUGAGAAAACUUCCGCGGAAGGCUCCAAAUUUUUGGGACACACUCUAGGAGAUGGUUCAUGGGCUAUGCCUUUAGAUAGCAGGUAUGUUACUUUGACUGGAACCAUCACAAGAGGAAAGAAGAAAGGACAGAUUGUAGACAUCCACGUUACACUCACCGACAAAGAGCUGCAAGAACUGGCUCGGUCAAAGGAGCUUCCAAAAACAGAAACGCCUGAAAGGAAGAAGGCUUGUGAAGUUGGGACAGAUAAAGGCCCCCACAUUCUUCUCUGGAGCCUUGCCUGCCUCCCUAUUAUCUUCAUUAUGUCCUUUAUUGUGUCCUUCUACUAUGGGACCAUUACUUGGUACAAUGUCUUCUUGGUGUACAAUGAAGAGAGGACCUUUUGGCACAAGAUCACCUUCUGCCCAUUUCUAAUUAUCUUCUAUCCUAUCUUCAUCAUGGUGGUUUCUUUCUCUCUGGGUGUUUAUACAGCAAUAACUCAAAUCUCCUGGGCCUUUGGAGAUUGGUGGCAUGCGGUGAGGGAUAUGGAGAAAGGAUUUUGUGGCUGGCUCUGUAGCAAGGUGGGCCUGGAAGAUUGCUCUCCAUAUAGCAUUGUUGAGUUGCUAGAUUCAGAUAAUGUCUCAGGGAGUCUGUCAGCCAAAGGUUCAACACAGGGUGAAGAGGUUUCGGCUGUCUGAGUCUUUGCAUUAGGAGAUUAUGAAUAUACAUAACCUGAUCGUUUGAAGCUUGCACAAAAACUCUGAUGCCAACUCGAGCGUUCAGAAAUAAGGCCACAUAUUGGUCAUUUCUGCAUAAUAUGUCAACAUGAAAUAAUUGUCUCCAUGUCUGUGGAAACAAAUGAUCAUUUUUGUAGAAAGCAGGCAUGACCUGUAGAAAGAGUGUAGCCCAUCUGCAUUUUCUAUGUCUUGCUAAUAUUGAACAUGAUGUGCUUUGAUACAGCUAUAGGCUGCAAGGAAGAGAUGCAUGUUUGAUGCCUAGAAAAGAAAUCUCUGCACAUCUAAAAAUUAAGAGCAAUUUUUAGCAAGGCUGGGUUGAAGCCUUUUCUCUGGUCAGCUUGUUUCCUGGGUUUUUACGAGAUCACAUAUUUAAUUCUAGGCUCCUGCCUAGAAUGAAACGAUUCCACCCAUUUUCUACUUGUCUGUAUGAACCAAGGGAUCAUAAAAUAUCAGUACGCUGGAGAAAAAUGUCCUAUUCCUUGUUAGGAUGAAUAUGGUUAAUUAGCUUAUGAGUUUAGCUAGUCAGAUCAAUUUCAGUUGGAGAGUAUUAAGCAGGAUAAUAGAGCUGGGCUGCAGACAUUUGGCUAACCAUUGGAUAGUAGUAAAAGGUUACAGAAAAAUGUAUUUCUUUGCUGCCAUCUAGUGUUUUUCUGAAUUUUUUGCAGCCCAGAAGUUAUUGUGAUUGCUUCUGUGGGGGGAGAAGAGUAGUACAAAGAGAAAAGAGAGUCCAAAGUUUGCUGAUUUUUCACAAAUCUUUCACUGUAGACAUUCUUCUCCAUCUUUGAAACAAUGGCUGACAAAUGCUGAUAGCUGAAACUGAGAUUGAUUCCUGUUAGGUGCAAGAAUCCACAGCUUGACUUAGAAAUUAGAACCACAAAUAUGAUUUUCAUGAAAGAAGCCAUGAGCCUAACAUCAGUGGUGAAAUCCAAAUUUUUUUACUACCGGUUCUGUGGGUGUGGCUUGGUGGGCAUGGUAUGGCUUGGUGGGCGUGGCAAGGGAAGGAUACUGCAAAAUCCCCAUUCCCUCCCCACUCCUGGGGGAAGGAUAUUGCAAAAUCUCUAUUCCCACCCUAUUCUGGGGCCACCCAGAGGUGGUAUUUGCUGGUUCUCUAAACUACUCAAAAUUUCUGCUACUGGUUCUCCAAAAGCUGUCAGAACCUGUUGGAUUUCACCCCUGCCUAACGCAUACAAAGAUAUGUGGAAUCUGCUUCCCAUUUUAUCCAGCCUCUUCCAAUUUCAAUUGCCAACUGAAUUUUAAGGCUAUAUAUUUUUUUUUCUUUAUUUGCAUUUAUAUCCCACUCUUCUCCGAAGACUCAGGGCGGCUUACACUAUGUUAAGCAAUAGUCUUCAUCCAUUUGUAUAUUAUAUAUAAAGUCAACUUAUUGCCCCUAACAAUCUGGGUCCUCAUUUUACCUACCUUAUAAAGGAUGGAAGGCUGAGUCAACCUUGGGCCUGGUGGGACUAGAACCUGCAGUAAUUGCAGGCAGCUGCUGUUAAUAACAGACUGCAUUAGCAGCCUGAGCCACCAGAGGCCCAGAGACUAGGUUAUGGGGUAUCAGCGGUCACAUCUGAUUUAAUAUGUGAGCAGAAAGCCAAGGUGAAUUUAAAUUAAUUAAUGAAAGCAAUAAUUAAAUCAAGUAAAAGAUCUAGAGGAAAUCAAUGCAGUGUACUUGGGAUGACACAAUGUCCAAAACUGGAAUCUCCAACAUAUGAUGUCUUCAAUGUAGACUUCAGGUGCUCAUCAAGUUUUCUGCUCAUAGGAAACAUUCUAAUGCUCAUCAAACAUUUUGCCCACAUGAUUUAAAAAAAAAGAAAUUGCUUAAGAAGAAGCUGGCUACAUAAUAAAGCAGGGGUGUAAAACUCAAGGCCCAGGGGUCAGAUCUGGCCUGUAGGGUGCUUAGAUCUGGCCCUAGAAACAGCGAAGGACUGGCCCGCCAUGCCUCUGCCAGUGAAAACAAAGUUUGGGAGAGCUGCACACAGCCUUCCUGAGCUCCAUUUUUGCUGGCAGAGGGUUGCAGGAGGCCACCGCAGACGAAAAUGGAGCUCGGGAGCCCGUUUGCACUGGCAGAGUGCUCAGGCCACCACAGGCGCCCCCAACACAAGUGAUGAUGUCCUGGCCAUGCCUACCCUGGCUAUGCUCCCCCCACCCCCCAAGAUCAAACAGAACCCUGAUGCAGCCCUCAAUGAAAUCAAGUUUGACACUCCUACAAUAAAAUAUAAAGUAUGCUUGCUUACUGAAAACAAUGGGCAACUUAAUUCCACUGCUUACUGUGAAAGUUCCAUUACACAAAACAAGCAAAUAAAAAAUAAUCAUAGGGAACUGCCUGAAAGGGCAGAGAUACAAAAAGGAGAAGGUGGAAUUUUGGUAAAUUCGUGCUUUGUAACUGAUUUUAUCCCCAAUGGUGUUUGAGUACAUGAGUACAUGCCUUGUUGAUCCCCUCAAUUACAUAAGUUGUGGAACUGAUAUCAGAAAUUACUCAACCUAUCGAAUUGAGCCAUUUCUGUGGGGCAAACACCAUAGAAUGUGGAACUAUCUAUGAUGCAGAAUUUACCUGUAUUAUACAUUUUCUUCUAGUAUAUGCAUUAAUAACCAUCUUACUUCAGAACAGAUCUGUUGUCUUCUGUGAAGUAACGAAAGCUGUGCCCAAUUGGUGGUGCUAUUGUAUUAGUCCAUUUUAUGUCUGUCUAAACCGUACAGUCUUUUUCUCAUAAAUAACCUUUGGUUGCCUACUAUUAAGAAGUGUUUGCAAAUCUGACCGUCUAUUAAAAGCCAUGCUAUAAUUGAAAAAGCACAAUGUUCUUUCCUUCCUUUGCUCACACUUCGAGUGUAUAUUGAUGUAACAUUAUGGAGAAACUUUUUUUAAAAAACCUUUUUGCUACGUUCUGUCCAGGCAAAUUAUUUUCUCAGGAACAAUUUUUGGCAAGUUGUCAAAACAACAACAACAAACUUUAUCUCUUUGUAACACUGACUAGGUAAAGCCUGUGACAUUACCACUCCAUUCUUUCCACGAUUGAAAUAGUUUGGCAUUUUUAAAAAAUAAAAGAAAUGCUUAAAAGACAAUGGUAAUGAAUAAACUUUUGAAAAUAAAUGUGAUGUGCUAAUAAUUUUUUACAGCAAAAAAAAAUCUUGCUGCAAACAUGGAUGGAGCUAUAUUGUUGUAUUAGAUCCAUUGAUAUUCAUUACCGUCAUUUACAUCAGAUUUCCCUAGUUGUAUCUUUCAAUUAAGUUGGCUGAACUAUUGUGCUAUGACAGCUAUUUUAAAUGUUAUCUCUGUACUGUAUCACCCAUUUGUUAUUUUGCUGGAAUGUCCCAAGAGGCUUAAUAGCUGAAUAUUUGUAGUGGGUGAUUUAAUGAUGCAUUUCAUAAUUUUGCUUUGGGGAAGCAGGUCGUCUUGUUCUUGAACAAUGGCCCCAAAGUGUACCAUCCCCUCAUUUCACUUAUAUUAAACUGCUUUA